GACCCAGCUCUGCUGCUGCUCCAUGCCAGGGUGUGGGUGGGCCUCUGGCACACCCAGCAACCCACCAACGCAAAUAGCCAGUGGCUCUUCUCCACCCCACUCCCCUCCUGGCUCCUGCAUGGGCUCCAAUUUCUCGGCGUCAGCCUCAGCCAGCGCUCAGCUGUCGGUUCCCCUCUGGCCUGUCACUCCUGCUCUCCACGGGACUGGGGCAGCUGCCCCCCUCCCUGCGCGCCCGGCACAGAGGGCUGGGGGCUCUGCAGCCAACGGGGCCCCAGCGUCGGCCACCCUUUGCUGGGUUUUUCAUCGCAGGACAAGAACUCCAAACAGCGUAAGUAAUUCCGUACACGGCUCCCCCUCGUUGUGACCAGUGACCCCCAUGGGCCCCUGCGCCACUCACGUUGCUGCAGGACCCCAGGGCUCUUUACUUUUGCAGUACCCCUUUCCCCAGGACUCCCCAGCUUCCCAUCAAUGUUCCCCUGAUGGUCGCCCUGGCUGGUUUCCACAGGGGCAUGGGGGGGCCUUAUGUUAGGUAUCACCAAAAAUAGCGAUGUCCGGUUGUAAGGACUGUGGAGAUGGUUGACAGUCAGAGGUGGAAUUGGGCAUGUUUUGAGGGAUGCAGCAGCAGAUCCUGCCCCCAUGGUAGCAUGCAGCUGUGGAGGAGAAAGCAGGGCUGUGCAGGGAUGCCAGACAGCAUCACAGGCAUUCUUGUCUAGAGGGCCAAGAGCAGCACCAUUUCCAGUUUAAUCAUGGGAUGAAGAUGUCUAGGCAGAGGUGGACACGUGCAGGUAGCCCAAGGUCUGGCUCACAGCACCUGGUACUGUGUCCACCAAGCAAGCAGCAGCGCUGUUGCAUGCUAGGCUUGGGAGCCUGCUGUUCUCCAGCCUACACAACAGGGCCCAGUGGGGGUACCCCAGGGUCCUGGAACUCGCCCGCAGCAGAACUGGCCCUUGCUGGGGCAGAGGGAGGAGGCACUGUCUCAGGAGAUGCUUCCCAUCCAGCAAGGUCUUGUGGCUCCUGCCUCUACGGGGCACCCGCAGUGCGAACAGCCCCAGCCAACAUGAUGUGUCUCUUUUCCCCUUGUAGCAUGACAGAGAAGGAAGUGCCGGAUCCACCAGCUUCACCUGCGUCAGGUGGGAAACCCAAGAGCCGGCUACAGAAGCUGAAGCAACUUUUCCAGCGAAAGCCCAAGGAGACAGCACCAGAGCCACAGCCUAAUGGGGAGCUGGUCAGCCCCUCAGGGGGACCCAUCUACUACAUCUAUGAGGAGGAGGAAGAGGAGGAAGAGGAGGAGGAACCUGAGCCCCCUCCCGAGCCCCAGAAACUUGUCAAUGACAAACCCCACAAGUUCAAAGAUCAUUACUUCAAAAAGCCCAAGUUCUGUGAUGUUUGUGCCCGCAUGAUUGUCCUCAACAACAAAUUUGGCCUGAGAUGCAAGAACUGCAAAACCAACAUCCACCACCACUGCCAGUCCUACGUGGAGAUGCAGCGCUGCUUUGGCAAAAUUCCCCCAGGGUUUCGCCGGGCAUACAGCUCGCCGCUCUACAGUGACCAGCAAUAUGCCUGUGUCAAGGAGCUGCUCUCGGCAGCCAACAGGAGCGACCCCGUGUUCGAGACCCUGCGGACAGGCGUCAUUAUGGCCAACAAGGAACGCAAGAAAGGGCAGGAUGACAAGAAAAAUCUCUCUGCCUUGCAGCCUUUAGCUGCUAUGAUGGAUGAGGAACCCGAGGCCACGAAGCCAGAAGGCAGCAAAACCGAGGGUGGCACUUCUGAAGGGGACAAGAAGACUGAGAAGAGCCCAACAGAUGACAAGAACAAGAAGCCACAGCCAGGGAUUCGUGGUGGCUACCUGCAGUCUCACUAUUUUGUGGCACUUUAUCGCUUCAAAGCCCUGGAGAAAGAUGACCUGGAUUUCCCGCCAGGGGAGAAGAUCACAGUGGUCGAUGACUCCAAUGAGGAGUGGUGGCGGGGGAAAAUCGGUGAAAAAAUUGGCUACUUCCCUCCAAACUUCAUCAUCAGGGUGCGGGCAGGCGAGCGGGUGCACAAGGUGACACGCUCCUUCGUGGGCAACCGGGAGAUUGGGCAGAUCACCCUCAAGAAGGAUCAGAUCGUGGUGCAGAAGGGCGAGGAGGUGAAUGGUUACGUGAAAGUCUACACCGGCCGCAAAGUGGGGCUCUUCCCUGUGGACUUCCUGCAGGAGAUCUGACUGAGGCAGGGUCCCAGGGCCCCCCAGCUCGGGGGACAGAGAGGCCCUGGCUGCAGGGAGCUGCUGGGGAUGGGGAUGGGGAUGGGGAUGGGGAUGGGGAUGGGGAUGGGGAGGGCAGUCCCUGCUGCCUGCAGCAACAGCAUCUCCGGUGAGGACCAUCUCUGCCAGGACCAGAGCAGGCCUGGGGUGUGGGAGGUGCCUCUCGGGCCGUUUCCCCCAUGGGGUUUUUGGUGCCUUCGGAGACACGAGGUGCAAGGAGGGGGUGCGCCCCCAGACUCGCUUUGGAGGCUACCUGGCCACCUCUGCCUGAAGAGGUGGGUGCUGCGGGGGUGCCGAUGUCGCCCUGUGCCGCGGCUCUGGGCUCUGUAAUGCUGUGUUUUGACAAUACAUGUCUUGCUCCCACA